AUGUUAGCUACGACAUCUGCCGUACCACUCUCGUAUAUAUUCUGGUCAUUCGAUUCCAAUUUUGAUGAUCUGUAUAAUGAAUACAAUGGUAUCGGUAUAAACGGUGCUAGCUUUGUUUCACCUGGCUACACUGGUUAUGGAUCGGCAUUAUUUCUCAAUGGAACAAACUCUGAAUAUGUUCUCGUAUCAAAUUAUAAAGAUAUGACAAAUACAAGUUUAACUUGGGAAACAUGGUCUUAUCCAAUCAAUUUAGAUAAUUACGAUAAUUUGAUGUUGGGUAUGUGUCAAACAAUCAGCUUGAGUACGUGUAUGUACUUAAUGAUACGACAAAAUCGAACUUAUUUAGCAUUUUAUGCUAAUGAUUGUUGGGGUUCAACAAUCAUCUCGAUCAAUCGUUGGUAUCAUUUUGCAUUUGUCUAUGAUUAUAUGGCUCUAACACAAUAUAUUUAUGUGAAUGGAAUUCUCGAAUGUACACAUAAUACAUCAAGUCCAUUUCAAGCAACAAGCGGAGCGAUAACCAUUGGAGCAAUUAAUAAUACAGGUACUGCCACACCGGCUGCGUUUUGGACAGGCUAUAUCGAUCAAAUGGAAUAUGUAUCACGAGCUAAGACUGCAUCAGAAAUUUUAACAGAUGCAACUCUUGCAGGUUAUUAUUCAUUCGAUGAUGGUUCAUACUAUGAUUUGGGCCCUCUCAAAAUUAAUGGAACAGGCGUUGGUUUAAGCUCUACAGCGGGCUAUGUCAAUCAAUCCAUUUUGUUCAAUGUUUCAGGUGCAUAUUUUCAAGCAGGUGCAUUUACUUCAUUGGGUGUAUCUGGUCAAUCUUAUUCAAUAUCACUUUGGGUAAACAAAGCAUUAUCAAGUAGUGGAGGUGGAACUCUGGUACAUGUAUCAGGAAGUUCAAAUGGAACAUUAUGGUGUAUACCUAUGUUAGGUUUAUCUUCAUCCGAUGAAAUUAUUGGACAAAGUUGGAAUUUAUCUAUGGUAGCUAUUCAAGGACCUAUUCUUCAGUUAGGUGUAUGGACUCAUAUUGUUACAUCAUACAGUAUGGAUAAUGGUGUUCGUCUUUGGAUUAAUGGAACUUUAAUUGGUUCAUCGAUUCCAUUUACUUAUUCUGCAUCAAGUUUACCUGAUUGGAUUACAGUAGGAACAACAUUUUCAGCUGCAGUGCCGUGUGCCCAUGGCAAUGUCGCCGUCGGACAAUUCUAUGGAAUGAUAGAUGAAUUAAGAAUUUACUCACGAGAAUUAACAUCGAGCGACGUUUAUGCACUAGCUAAUCCAUAA